AACCGCCAUCGACAUCAAAACUGCACCAUGAACGGCUGGUCCACUCUCUAUCGCAUGUUGUCCUGAGAUUACUUAGUGCAACAGAUGGGACAGCAUACUGUCAGAAAAGACAUGAGGUGCAUCGAAGGUACCGAGGCAGGCAACAUAGGCAGCACUGUGACGCUUGUGACGAUCGGCAUGAGCGUGACUGUUCUUAUUCGGGAUGCAGGCUGGAUCGUACAACCUCCUUUUGUCCUCCUCGAUUACUUACUGUCUUUUUGACUUGGCAGCUAUGUCCACAAAUGUUACAUCCAUUGUACCUGACGAUGUGUUAAAUGGUCAGAGCACGCCGAUACUUCCAGUGCCAUCCCAGAACAGCAUCAAGCGCAAGUAUGAGGACGCAAUUCUCGGUCUGGACGAAGCUGUAGGAGACACUCAUGGAGCUAUGCUUCCACCGUCCAAGAAGUUCAAGACUGCUAGAUCGCUGUAUUCCACCUUAGCAAAGUAUGGGAUCAGGAAGGAACCUAAACCAAAGCAUAUAGAGUCCAACGCUGAGAAGCUCGAGACUCUUUCGAAAACAGCUCCUCACUUAGCAGCUAUCCUAUCUCGUACGGCCACUCGAACUCGUAAAGCCCUUCCCUUCAAGUUCGGUCGCCAACCGUCCCCUUCCGCUGCGCUCUCGUCACCUACCAGUGCGGAAUACCGGCCGUCGUCAACGACGUCCUUCCUCUCCCGCUUAGCUACUUUCAAACUCUCAACUUACGCGAACAAACCGCCUGCGAUCGAUGCUGUUGCUGCGGCGAAGCGCGGUUGGAUCAAUGACGGGAAGGACAGACUGGUCUGUGGAAUAUGUAACUCACCUUGGGUCGUCGCUGGGAAGGAGGGUAUGAGUCGGGAUGCUGCAAAUGCGUUAGUCGAGAAGCAACGUACAUCGUUGGUCGAAAUGCACAAGGACGGGUGUCCGUGGAAGUCUAAACAGUGCGAUGAUUCAAUAUACCGAGUCCCGCUGCAGGCACCCUCCGUAAUGGCAAGAGAAGUGAAGACUCGUGCAGUGAAGUUGAAUCCAGUUAUGAAGGAUGUCCAGAUUAAACAUCCUUUGACGUCGGCCCAAGUCCAAUCUCUCGCCUCGGCAAUAGCCAUAGUCAAAUUGCCUGAGUUAUCUCCUCCCACUGAGAAAACUUCAUCUGCAUCUAUCGGGGAGGCUGCACCCUCCGACGUGUUCACUCAGACUGAGCCGUCGGAGAUUGCACUCCUAACAGCCUUGUUUGGAUGGGACAUCCUCCCUCCUGCACCUCCGACUCCUCGGCCAAGAACACCAUCCAUCUCGCGAGCUGCUUCAGUCGCACCUACUUCAAUAUCUGCAGGGCUACGGUCCAGUCGUGACUCAGUCUCUGCAGGCCCAGGAGCCCGAAGUGCCACUCCAGUGGCUGCUAGUCGGCCAAUGUUUUUAUCGCAUAGGGUGGAUAGUUUAACCGGUGGCCUGUCUGCAUCUUCACAGCCCAAGCCGGAAACAACGCUACUUCAUUGCAGCUUGUGUCAACGACGAGUUGGGCUGUGGGCUUUCCUUCCAUCCGCUCAGCCAAACGUUCAGCCAGACUCAACAUCUGGAGCCUCUGCCCAACCGAGACGACAACUCGAUAUCCUUAAAGAGCACCGUUCAUAUUGCCCUUAUGUUGUUCGAUCGACGAUAGUGCCUUCGUUACCUGUCCCAUCGAACGUUACGCAUCCGACCGAUCGGGCAAGUCCUACAGUGCUUAGUACCUCUUCGAGUCCAAAUGUGUCUGGUCAGCCCGGUGCUGUUGAAGGGUGGCGUGCUGUAUGGACCGUUAUCACCCGAUACGGUGCUCUUCAGAGACAACGACUUGGACUUUCCCGAAGGAAGACCGAUCGAGGUACUCAGGCUGAGCCUCAGCCUUCGGAAGAUGUCGAGAUGGGGGAGGAUGAAGUGCAGGCUAUGGUUACCGGUGUCAAGAAGCACGGUGGUAGAGAUCUAUUGAGAUACGUCAAGGGACUACUCGCUUAAAUAUCGUUAUUUCAUUGGAUUUUGGGAAUUACUCAUUUCGUCGUAUUAUUCUGCUUUUAUAACUUGUCACUGUCGUAUUAUUGGAAAGCUCGCAGCCUUAUCGCAGGUGCCUUGACAUCACGCUUCCGUGUAGUUCAACUGUUCAUCGUCAGGGUUGGACAGAUAGGCGCCUCUCAUAAGAGGAGUUCCGCUUAACAGCCACGAGCGGGUACUGUACCGCAAACAGUUCAUGCAUGUUUUACAUCCAUCCUUAUCCUCUUCCUCCAUUGUAAACUAGUCUCCUUUCUUCUCAAAGCCCUCUGCCGGUCGGUAUGGCUUCUGCUC